AUGCAACUACUAACGACUGACGGCCUUGUCUCCCGCGGUGGAGCACUACAGAGUUCUCAGACUCUUGACGGGUCUGAUCCUGUGGCCGUCGUGGGCUUCUCUUUGAGAUUCCCCCAGGAUGCCACCUCCCCCCAAUCCUUCUGGAAAAUCCUUCAAGAAGGUCGAUCCGUCACAACAGAAGUUCCUUCUGACCGAUUCAAUAUAAAUGGUUUCUACCACCCAGAUGCGUCUCGAAAUGACACAGUAAACGCACGGGGUGGCCAUUUCUUAAAAGAGAAUGUAGCAGCCUUUGACGCACCGUUCUUUUCCAUGAGCCCCGGUGAGGUCGAAAGCUUGGAUCCGCAGCAACGAGGUUUGCUGGAGACAACUUACAGGGCCCUCGAAAAUGCUGGCAUUCCCGUCGAAAGAGCAGCGGGCUCCGCCACCUCCGUCUAUGUCGGGGCGUUGGGAGUUGAGUACAACCGAUUCUUCGAAUUCGACGAAGAGGUCCAGGCCACGUAUAAGGCUACCGGUAACUCAGGAGCCAUCUUAGCCAACCGGCUGAGUUGGUUCUACGAUCUGCGGGGGCCGAGCAUGACCAUUGAAACAGCUUGCUCUAGCAGUUUGAUUGGCCUGCACCUUGCCUGUCAGAGCCUUCGCUCGAAGGAGUCGCGAAUGAGUUUGGUAUGCGGCUCACAGCUCUACCUCGAACCAAUGACAAGCGCGAUCUCGCUCUCCGCUCUGCAAUUUAUUUCUCCUGACAGUCGCUGCCACAGCUUUGGGGCUGAUGGAAACGGCUAUGCCAAGGGCGAAGGGUUCGGCGUCCUGGUACUGAAGCGGUUAAGUGAUGCUAUAGCUGAUGGCGAUGUAAUUCGAGCGGUGGUCCGAGCGACUGCGACGAACCAAGAUGGGCGCACUCCCGGUAUCUCUCAGCCAAGUCAGGCAGCUCAGGAGAUGUUGAUCCGGGAGGCGUACCGUUCGGGUGGUCUGGAUCUCGUAUCCACCCGGUUAUUUGAGGCCCAUGGUCCGGGUACGAAACUAGGUGAUCCCAUUGAAGCAGGUGCCAUAAAAUCAGUCUUCCAGAAACAUCGCAGCCCGGACGACCCCAUGCACAUUGGUGCGGUGAAAGCCAACAUCGGCCAUUUAGAAGCGACAGCUGGUCUGGCGGGUCUGAUCAAGACAAUUCUGAGUCUGGAGAAAGGCAUCAUCCCCCCGAUAGCUGGACUUAAAGAGGUCAACCCUCGGAUUCCGGCAGAUGAAUGGAACCUAAAGUUCCCGACCAAGCCGCUUCCAUGGCCCACAGAUGGUCUCCGACGGGCAUCGGUCAACGCAUUUGGCUAUGGAGGAUCGAAUGCCCACGCCGUCCUGGAUGACGCAUACAACUACCUGCGGGAGCAUGGCCUUGAAGCACACCACGUCACUGCAACAAGACCGCCCUCCUUGGCUAUCUUAGAGAAUGGCACCCCAUACGUUUUCACCUGGUCUGCAUCCGAUUCCAACGGAAUUGAGCGACUCGGGGCAGCAUAUGAAGACUACCUAACUGGUAUCGACUCUCAUGACGCAUCGGAGGAAUUCUUGCGGGAUCUAGCAUACACCUUAUCCAACAAACGCAGUGUUCUGCCCUGGAAGUCUUUCGCGUUGGCAGGAAACCUGGAAAGUCUCAAGACGCAGGUACAAAAUAUGCCGAAGCCCGUGCGAUCGUCGACAAGCCCUCGGAUCAAUUUUGUCUUUACCGGUCAAGGUGCACAGUGGGCCCGAAUGGGUAUUGAGCUUCUGAAAUACGAGACAUUCCGGCAAAGCAUUCUAAAAGCGGACUCCUAUCUUAAAGGACUCGGAAGCUCCUGGUCGCUGAUCGAAGAGCUGCACAAGCCUGCAAAUUCCUCUCAGAUUGAUAGCCCGGCGUUAGCACAGCCGCUAUGUACCGCUCUGCAGGUAGCACUGGUGGAGCUCCUCGAGGGAUGGGGUGUGGUUCCCUGGGGCGUGGUGGGCCAUUCGUCGGGAGAGAUUGCCGCUGCAUUUUGCGCAGGAGCAAUUUCCCGUGAAUCAGCUUGGACAAUUGCCUACUUCCGUGGAGCACUGGCUGCUCGGGUAGCAGAGUCAAAUACUGGCGAACGUGGAGCCAUGAUGGCUGUUGGCUUGUCCGUAUCUGAACUCCAGCCUCAUUUCGACGAGAUCUCGGCUGUCCACGGCAAACAAUGCCUGUCAAUUGGUUGCAUAAAUAGCGCCAACAACAUUACCGUGACAGGGUUGGACAAGUCUAUUGACGCCCUCAAAGUCCGCCUAGACGAGAAGCAGGUGUUUGCCCGCAAGCUGACAAUUCCAGUUGCCUACCACUCUUCUCACAUGGAAGUGAUUGCCGAGGAAUACAAGAGCCUUUUGCAGGGUAUUUGCCCGCCGAAUCAAUCUGCUCGGAAAGGAGAGACACCCGUCGUUUUCUCAUCCGUCACAGGACAACCUGUUCCAGUCAAACAGCUCUCUCUGCCCCAAUACUGGGUGAAGAAUCUCGUGUCGACUGUCAGGUUUUCUGAAGCUCUUGGUCAUCUGUCCCAAUCCAGCCGUAAUGCAGGGUCUAACACGCAAGUGGAUCACUACAUUGAGAUUGGUCCACACGCAGCUAUGCAGAGAGCGGUCAUGGACAAUAUACCUCAAUCUGAAAACGUCAAAUAUGAUGCAGCAAUGCGACGGGGUGUCUCCGGAUUGAAAUCCUUGCAGCAGCUCUCCGGGAAACUUUGGACUGAAGGUUACCCAGUCAAGAUUGAAGCUGUCAAUAGCCAUGGGUCGAACCGACCGGCGAAAAUGGUAGUUGAUCUACCAGAGUACCCGUUCAAUCAUUCCCAGACUUACUGGCUUGAGAGUCGACUGUUCAAGAAUUACAGAACGCGCGACUAUAUUCGACACGAGUUAGUAGGCAUUCCCACAAACGACUGGAAUCCGCUCGAGCCUAAGUUCCGCUUCACCAUUCGAGUAUCCGACCUACCAUGGCUGACAGACCAUCGGUUGAAUGGAUCCCCGGUCUACCCUGCCGCAGGAAUGGCAGUCAUGGCUAUUGAGGCUGCUAGGCAUCUUGUCAAGCCUGGUCAUGCAGUUAGAGGAUACCGCCUGCGAGACGUAAGGAUCUUCUCUGCCUUAGUCGUCCCUGAGACCCCUGAAGGGGUAGAAAGCCAGAUCUUCCUACGUAAUGCAGAGAACAGUCGGACCACUGGUGUCCAGACAGUCGAAUGCAGAGAGUUCAACGUAUAUGUGUACUCGGACAAUGAAUGGCGGGAGGUCUGCGCUGGCUCUGUCGUCACGGAAUACGAAGAGACGCCCGAUGAGGUGUAUGGAGGCGACGAGCGAAGCUUAACCAAGAACCAUUACCAGUCGAUGUACCAACAAGCAGUCAACCGUUGCUCAGCGACGAGUACUCAGCAGGUCUUCUAUGAUGCUGGUCAUAAGAUUGGGUAUGGCUUUGGUCCCCUGUUCAAUACUCUUCACGACCUAGCCUACGAUCCGGAAGGGGACCAAGCUGUGGCCGUCGUUGAGCCUGAUGAGUGGAGAGGUAAAGUUCCCGAGAAGAACUCUCAAGUCCAGCCGCAUAUCAUCCACCCCACAGCCUUGGACGGGGUGUUCCAAGUUACGGCUGUGGCGACCACCAAAGGUGGAACAGAACUUGGCCCAUUGCAGGCACCGACUCAACUGCGAGAUUUCUGGAUCUCGCAUGAUUUGAUUGAGCGCAAACCAUCCACAAAACUGAAUGUUCUGGCGCAGACCACGCUACAAGCAGCCCGAGAAACUGACUCGUUCAUUCUUGCCAUCAAUUCAGAUACGGGAGAACCAGCCAUUGUGAUUGAGGGCUAUCGGGUGACAACCGUGUCUAGCCUUAGCUAUAAGCCAUCCGAGAAACGCAACAUCUUUUACAGGCUCGAUUGGAAGCCUGAUGUUGACCUUAUUAGCAGCUCACAGACGGAGGCUUACUGCUUAGACAAAGAGACAAUGCCCGUUCAAUGGAAGCCUUCUAAGAAUGUGGUGACUCUGCACUACAUGUCGGAAAUGUUGAAGGAGCUGGACGCUCAAGGCUACGAGACUUCUUCCUCAUACUUCCAAAGGUACUUGGCCUGGGUGCGAUAUCAUUUCGACCUUUUGGGGGACAGCAAUCCUCUUCUCCAAACACCAUGGAAAGAUACUUUAGCCGACGAGAGUCGUCGCGAGAAAUAUUUGGAGGAGUUCGCAGCGACAGGCCCGGUUGAGGGCGCGGUUAAUUCGUUCUGCAAGCACCUUGCCGCAAUUGUCCGCGAAGAAGUGGAUCCGUUAGACCUCCUCUUCAAUCAAGGCUUGGCGAAGGACCUGUACAAGGACGAGAUUUUCGUGACUACCGCCAAGCGGAUGGCGGUCUUCAUGGAUCUCCUUGCGCACAAGAACUCCAAGCUUGAUAUCCUUGAGAUCGGUGCUGGUACUGGAAGCGGUACCCAGCAAAUCCUGUCGGCCUUGGGAAAACAGGGUAGCGAUAAAGGCGUGACUCCUCGAUACCAAUCCUACACCUUCACCGAUAUUUCUCCUGGGUUCUUUGAAAAGGCCAAGGUUAAAUUCUCCGACCAUGUUGAUCGCAUGAUUUUCCAGACAUUGGAUAUCGAGCGCGAUCCAGCUGAGCAGGGUUUCACACCGGGGGAAUACGAUGUUGUAAUUGCUGCCACUGUGCUGCAUGCCACCCAAUGUGUCAGCGGCUACAUCAUUCUCAUGGAGCCAACAAACAAGCAUGACACCGUGCUCAAUGGCAUCUGGGGAACACUUCCAGGAUGGUGGAGAUCAACCGAAGAGGACCGGAAGUGGUGCCCAUUGUAUUCUCGGGACGAAUGGGAUCACUAUCUGAGACAGACCGGAUACACUGGUGUGGAAAUGGCAAUCACCGACUUCCCAGAUGUCGAGAACCAUACACUCAGCUUCCUCCUCUCUCGAGCAUCUCAUGAGGAACCGAGCCGGGUUGAACUACCGGAUUCGCUUUUUAUUGCUGCCGAUACCGAGUUUCAACUCAAGGUUGCCGAAGAUAUUGCUUCCUACUUCUCCUCGACGUGGGGGAAGCAAUGUGACAUCCUCACGCCUGAUGCUAUCCCCGAGCAAACUUCACAGUCGAAUGUUUGUCUCUCACUUCUUGACCUGGGACGACCGUUCCUAGCGGCAAUGAGUGGGAAGGACUUUGCUCGCUUCAAGAGACUUGUAGACUUUUCAAGUCAUAUCUACUGGAUAACAUCCGGUGCUGAUGUUAACGCUGCACUACCAGAAAAUGCAAUGACUUCCGGUUUUAGUCGAGCUGCAAUGCUGGAGAAGCCUGGCCUUUAUUGGGCUAAUUUGAACAUCCAGGACAUAGCCUCUGCCGGCAAGACUAUUUGCAGUGUCCUUCAGCGCUCAUGUGGCGCGUCCGGGGUUGAGAACUGGGAGGGCGAUUAUUGCGAGACCAACGACAUGGCACUCAUUCCCCGCGUGGUAGAAGCCAAUGAUAUCAAUGAUUAUGUCUACUCCCAGACUGGCAACCGAGACAUCGAGAGAAGGCAGCUUGGCAGGGAGCCAACUGAAGCUCUGGAAAUACAAUUUUCUCCUGGGCAGCUUGGCAGUUUCCGGUACGCCAGGGAUGAGACUCCAAGUAAGCCGCUAGCAGAAGACGAGGUGGAAGUGACAGUCAAGGCCACGGGAGUCAACUUUGCCGACGUGAUGUGUGUACUUGGGCAGAUCACCGACUCUUACAUAGGACAUGAAUAUGGGGGCGUUGUCCGGCGAGUUGGUUCUGCAGUGAAACAUCUGGCGCCUGGUGAUCGCGUCUGCGGCAUGGCCUCUGGGGCGUUUAAGACGUUUGUCCGGAACAAAGUCCACACCACCAUCCCUAUUCCUGAUCAUAUAGCGUUCACCGAUGCCUUCCCAGCGGUAUGGCUGACAGCGCUGUACGGCAUCACCCACCUGGGCCGCCUUCGUAAAGGCGAGUCUGUACUUAUACAUGCAGCCGCGGGCGCUGUCGGUCAGGCUGCCAUCCAGUUGGCACAGAAUAUCGGUGUCGAUGUGUUUGUGACAGUCAGUUCUACAGUCAAAAAGAAUCUUCUGCAAGAGCGUUAUGGAAUCCCUGGCGAUCGUUUCUUCUCGAGCCGAAAGUUGGCAUUCGGCAAGCAGAUACUGCGCGCAACCAACGGUCGCGGUGUCGAUGUUGUCCUCAACUCAAGCUCAGGCGAGGCACUCGCUGAGACUUGGAGAUGUGUCGCGCCUCUGGGACGGUUCGUUGAGAUUGGAAAGCGAGACAUCUACUCUUUCCAGAAGCUUGCCAUGUACCAGUUCUCUAAGAACGUCACUUUCUCUUCACUGGACCUCCAAACGGUAUACAAGAAUCAUCCGGCUGUUAUUAAGCAACUGAUGGAUGAGCUACAUGAGCUGCUCUUUGCAAAUAAGUUGGGUCCUCCUCAGCCGGUGACAAAGUUCUCACGCGGGGAAUUUGAGUCGGCCUUCCGUUACCUUCAAACUGGCCGUCAUAUGGGCAAGGCAGUGAUCGACUGGGAGGAAGAGGCGGAGGUCUCGGUGGUGCCCAGUAACGACCCGGAAUAUGUCUUCGACUCUGGAGCCAGUUAUCUGAUUGCUGGUGGUCUGGGCGGUAUCGGCCGGAGUCUAUCAAGGUGGCUUACCACUCGAGGAGUCAAGCAUUUGAUCUUACUGUCCCGCUCGGGCGCAGUUACUGAUGAUGCCAUUAAGCUAGUCAAAGAGCUUACAGAACGAGGUGUCAAUGUGGCUACUCCCCAGUGUGAUGUUAGCAACUCCGAGUCUCUGGCGAGCGCAAUCGGUGAUUGCAAACAGACAAUGCCUCCAGUCAAGGGAGUGAUCCAGGCCUCUAUGGUACUUAAGGACCGAUUGUUUGACAACAUGUCUCUGGCAGAAUGGCAGGCAGUGCUCGACCCCAAGGUCGCUGGAACUUGGAACCUCCAUCACCAUCUUCCAGCUGACAUGGACUUUUUUGUCAUCUUGUCUUCCCUGGGUGGCAUGAUUGGGUCGAGAGGCCAGUCUCAGUAUAAUGCCGCCGCAACGUUCCAGGAUGCAUUUGCUCGCCAUAGAUGGGCACGCGGCCAGAAAUGCAUAUCCAUUGAUGUCGGUUUACUCACGUCCGUCGGCUACGUGGCGGAACAAAAGGACGUAUCCGAGCGGUGGGUCAACGCCGGUUUCGACGCCCUGUCCGAGAAAGAGCUUCACAGUGUUGUGGACUGGGCUUGUAAUCCUCGCCUGAAUGUGUCAUCAGGAUGGGAGACUCAGGUCCUCACGGCCCUGAACCGGCCUAUGGCCAUGAUUCAGCAAGGCAAAGAACUGCUGCCUUACAUGAAGCGGACCUUGUACCGACAUCUGCACCGGAUGGACCAAAGCACGACUGCGUCCGCCCCUACCUCUGCUCAGGCCGUAGACUAUGGAGCCCUUCUCGGGGCUGCUGGCAAUGUAGAAGAAGCAGGAGCCAUUAUCGCCACAGCUCUCGCGCAGAGACUCUCUCAAGCCCUCUCGGUACCGGAGGAGGAUGUUGAUAUCAAUAGGCCUGCUCAUUCCUUCGGUGUGGACUCUCUGGUGGCCGUCGAGCUGCGGUUCUGGUUCGCCAAUGAAAUGAAGGCAGAGCUCUCGGUCUUCAAUAUCCUGGCAGACUGUAGCAUCAGGGAGUUGGGUCAGCAAGCGGCUGGCAAGAGUCAAUAUGUGCAGAAGGGGCAAGGGAACUAA